UAUUUUUCCUCGGCCGCGAAACGUUGUAGAGCUCUAUGCAUGUGGCAACACAUUCUACGCUAAAAGCAAUAUGCAGUUCUUUGUGCCAGAUAAAAACGUUGCGCGCCCGUGGCGGUCGACAUUUGACACAUGUGAGAUAGGACAGAUGGCCGCUAGGGAUAUGCCUCCUCCGCUGGGCACCGUUCUAGUGGCCGUGCUUCUCUCACGCAUUCUCGCUAUCUUCAUUCCUUUCUCACUUUUCACCGCAACCGCGCAGUUUCGUACGACUCUGACCGGCCGGCUCGGGAGUACUUUGUACGUGCUACAGCAGAGGCCAGCGGUCCACCGAGAGCGUCCAGUAGAACUCGUUUUGUUUUAAAUCCGGUGCGUCGACCUAGCCCCCGCGCCGAGUUCACGAUGCUCCGAUGGCUGACGCAUUUGACGAUCAGCUACUGCGUCUUCGGAUGGAACAAUGUUGGAGCUGCCAAGAAACCAGCGUUUCUUCUCACCACACCUUGGUCUCUCAUGCCUGGAGAGAAUCAAACACUGGCAUUCAACGUCUUCAAUGCACCAAGCAGUGGUCAUAUCACAGUUAGCCUUGUGGCAACAUCUGUUGGUGUUUUGUCCAAUGUUUCCUUACAAACUGAUGGAGACUCACCUGAAAUAUUAACACUACCAGUUCCAAAGCAUCUUCCUGUGAGCACUGUGCUCCAGGUUUCAGGAAAAUUUGGCAGUUAUGCCUUUGAGAAAACAGUGCCUGCCAUGAUUAAGGAAACGGACAAAAGGCUUGUCGCCAUUAUUCAGACUGAUAAGCCCAUCUACAAGGCAGGGGAAUUGGUUCGAUUCCGUGUCCUUGGAAUUGACUUCAGGAAGCUUCCACUUGCAGAGCAUGUAGGUCAAGUUUGGAUCGAGAACCCAAUGCACUUCAAAAUAGCCCAGUGGCACAAUGUGUCCUUCUCUGCUGGUAUUCUACAACUGGAAGUGGAACUCUCCCAUGAGCCACAGUUGGGGGAGUGGUCAAUCUGCUGCCAAAUCUCUGACCAUCUGACUUGUCGGCCAUUCCUAGUGGGCAAUUAUGCACUGCCCAAGUUUUCUGUUCAUCUCACUGCACCACCAUAUAUUUUUCCUGAGGAGUCUAAUAGCACCUGGAAAAUAUGUGCAAGGUAUAUCUAUGGCAAGCCUGUGCAGGGACAGCUCAGAGCUCAGCUCACAUAUAAACGCUUCCCCUGGACUUCCGAGUUAAAGAAGGUGCUACCCAGCAUUGACAUUGAUGUACCGAUUAGAGGUUGCCAUGAGUUUGAGGUCAAUGGCAAUCAUCUCCUCUUUGCCAAUAGGGAUAUCAAUCGUCGUCCUCUCAUUCUUACAGCAGAGGUUGCAGACAGUGCUACAGGGGAGGCAGUGUCCGCCAACAUCACAAAAGAGUUUGUCUGGUCACCAUUCACAUUGGAAUUUGUCACGAAGCGCUCCGUACCCAACUUCAAGCCUGGGCUUGUCUAUAGAGGACUGGUUCGGGCGAAAUAUCCUGAUGGCACAGCUGCCUCUGGAAAGCGAGUCAGUAUCUGCUUCUCUGCAUCAUCGCUGCCAACUGUCCGCUGCAGCGCACGCAGGAAACCACAGUGCCAGCGUGUGUCAUCCACUGAUGAUGUUGCGACGGGGUGCAGAGACUACGAAACAGAUUCUCAUGGGCAAGCUCACUUCUCUGUUCCAGGACUUCGUGGUACCUUGAACAGUGUUUCACUGACGGCUACAUCUGAUGGCGGGUUAUGGAAUAAUCCUGUAUCACGAGUUCACCUCCGAGCCUGGACCUCCAUGUCAGGACGCUAUUUACACAUAUCAGAUCCAUCAGAGAAGCUUGCGUGUGACAGAAAUAGUUCCAUUUUAUUUUAUCAUACAAAACUCAAAAACCAUCCUGAAGGAGUUACCUUCUAUUAUCAGGUUGUGUCUGGACAUAAAGUUGUGGACAAGGGCACACUGUCACCAAGGCGUUCGUGGGAUGACAUAGCCGACCGAAUUCCACUUGACUCUUCAUCAAGCAGCAUGAGAGUAUCUGGGUACUCUGUAUCCAUGUUUAAUUUGACAGUGAGGCUUGGCUGGGGCCUGUCAUCCACUGCACGUCUGAUGGUGUACUAUGCGCACCCCAACGGAGAGGUCAUUGCAGACUCUGUCCCACUGGAGUUCGAACCGUGCAGCCCAAAUGAGGUGCUCCUAAGUUUUGCUGCAAAGUCUGUUCAGCCUGGGAUGCCAGCAGCAUUGAGUCUCUCGGCUGCUCAAGGCUCUGUGUGCGGUAUGUGGGCACUAGACCAGGGUCUUCUGGAGAAGACAGUGGAAGAUGAGCUCACACCAGAGAAGCUGCACAAGUUGUUGAGCCCUCUGGAAGCCAAGCCUAAUCGUCCAAGUGUUCUAAAAGGUCAUUGUGUCCUGAAUGAAGAGAACUGGCAUUUUGCAGGGCCCACAUUAUUUCUUGACUCAGCUGCUGCCUUUGAGGAGUCAUCAAUGCAAGUAGUCACCGACAUGAAGGUCAAUGUUCGUCCUUGUUGGGAGGAUGGUGGGAUGUGGACUCCAGAACAUGGUGCACGGACAGGCAUCGAUGACGAAGGGGAUGGUGAGAUUGCAGACCUAGCUCCAGCAACUGCAGUUCCAAAGUCAGCAGUGGACAUCCGAAGCCAUUUUCCCGAUACCUGGCUGUGGGAGCUGCACCGCAUUGAAAGUGCUGCACCACUCAACCUGAGCCGAGAGCUUCCCCACUCUGUAACCAAAUGGAAAGCUGGCGCUCUCUGCCUGCACCCGUCUCAUGGUUUGGGCAUGGCUGCAGACACCUUGAGCGCAGUGCAGCCCUUCUUCAUCCAGCUGUCCCUCCCUGCUGUCGCCAUACGUGGAGAGACAAUUCCCAUUACUGCUUCGUUGUUCAACUACCUCAGAUCAUGCAUCCCUGUCAAGUUUGGCGUAAUUGCAGAUGCCAACUGCUUGAAAGUAAUUGGCAACCCGCAGAAGCGCUUUUGCUUGUGCAGUGAAGAGACCAUUUCAUUGAGACUUUAUGCAAGGUCUGACUGUUUAGGUCCAGUCAAUAUCACUGCUCAUGCAUUGGGCCUCUCCAAAAACGACUCCAUUUGUGAGCCCGGAAGCGUCACGGAAACUAGAACAGCUCGAGAUGCGCUGCGUAAGAGCCUUCGUGUUUUGGCAGAAGGAACAGCAAGAGAAAAGUCAGUCUCUGAAUACAUAUGCCUAAAAGCUCCUACAAACAGUACGAAAAAUCAUAGUUUCAUCCUGAAGCUUCCUGGCAAUGCCAUUCAUGGCUCCUCUAAGGGUGUGUUCACAGUGUCAGGUGACAUUCUAAGCCCUGUCCUGGCAUCUGGUCUAGAGUCCAUUGUCAAACUACCCACUGCCUGUGGAGAGCAGAACCUGGCAAUCUUGGCCACGAAUGUUGUGGUGCUUGAUUACCUGAUCUCCUCAGGACACUUCAGCCACCCGUUAGAGGCCAAGCUCCGGAGAAACAUUGUCACAGGCUACGAGCAGCAGCUCAACUACAGGCAUUCAAGCCAUGGCUACAGCGCUUUUGGCAGCGCAGAUCCUGAGCCAAGCUUGUGGCUGACGGCAUUUGUUGUCCGAACCUUUGGAAAAGCUCGCCAGUAUGUUUCCCUCGAUGAAACCGAGCUGAGUUUGAGUACACAAUGGUUGCUUGGUCACCAAUAUGACACUGGCUGCUUCCCAUCAGUUGGCCGUGUCUUGAAUUCUCAACUCAAGGGUGGUAUUCAAGGAACGUCGCUCUCACCACUGACAGCCUAUGUUUUGAUCUCACUGCUUGAAACCAAUGCAACACUAUCACCACCUGUACAAGAUGCGGCUGCUCACUGCCUUGUCGAAGAAACUGCCCAAGAGCAGGACAGCUACUCAUUGGCACUUCAUGCAUAUGCCUUGGUCCUUUUAGGUCAUCGCAACGCACAGCAAACUUUUCACUUACUCUGGAGCCGAGGUGAAUUGGAAGUGGAUGGUACGCUGCACUGGAGUCGCAAUGUAUCUUCAGCAGUGGCAGUAGAGACAAGCGGCUAUGCCAUCCUUUCUUGCCUGACGCUGCACAAGGAAGCAGGUAUUCCUUUAGCCCUGCCUGCAGUGCAGUGGCUACUCAAGCUGAGAAACAACAAGGGAGGAUUUAUAUCCACACAGGACACUGUUAUAGCAAUGCAAGCUUUGGCUAAAUAUGCCAAGAUGGUCACACUACCAGAUACACGUUUGACACUGAGAGUAUCAGCUCAACACAUGGAGCCCACGAACCUCCAUGUGGAGCCGGCUAAUGCAAUGCUGCUUCAGGAGAUGCCCAUUCCUGUACUACCCACAACUCUCGAACUCAAUAUCACUGGAAAGGGCUGUGCCUUUGUGCAGGCCACUGCAAAGUUCAACGUUCCUGCACCGGCAAAUACAAACAACUUCGAUCUCUUGGUAGAACCAUCUCACACCGCCUGCAAGCCAAAGCUAAAGCUCUGUGCAAGUUACCUUCUAUCUUGGGGCAUGUCUGGAAUGGUGAUAAUACAAGUCCACCUGCAGACUGGAUUCCGGUUUAGCAAGGUAACAGAUGAUCUAGAAGUCAAAAAGAUUGAAGAAGAAAUGAACAAAGUGAACCUCUACUUUGAUGAGCUAAGCAACAGGAGGACAUGUGUGACCUUGGUGUUGACUCGGGAGUAUGUAGUGCGGGAUAAUCUGCCAGCAGCAGUAAUUCUGCAAGACUACUACGACCCUGAAGCGAUCGUGCUAAGGAACUACACAAUUCCCAGUUGUGAGAGAGAUGAACAAGAUAUUGUCGACUUGCAAUUGCCUUUGCGAUCGGAUGUGUUGCAGGAAGGUGUUCGUUCAGAAGGAGCUCAUCUUAGCAACUUCCGGAAUGUUGAUCAUGAGCCAGACUUUCCAGAUGGCCCAGAAGCAAACUUGCCUGUAACAGUGCCAGCUCCUGAGAAUUGAACAGGAAAAAGUCAUCACAUAUGUGCCAAAAAUUUUAAUGUCUUAGGAACUCGCACCAUAUGCUCCUCCUCAAAUCCCAAAGGAGAAAAGGUCACCAUUGAGCAAAUUUUUUCACUGAGGAACUUGCAUUGUGCUAGAGAAUUGUUUUGUUGAAUUUUUGUUCUGCUGUUUUACAUUAUGAAUUCUGGGUGGAACAGGCUGGGCAAAGAAGUCAAACUGUUUCCUUAACUAAACUCUUACAGGAACCUUUGUAGCCCCUGUGCUAAACAGGCCAGACUGAUACCCUGCCAAUUUCGGUUAGCUUUAAUGGUAUUUUUUGCAAAAUAUGCAUGGAAUUGUGUCAAGAUAAUAUGGUAGCUACUAAAAAUAGGCCAUCUUGCAAGUAAUAAGGAUCUGCGACGUGAGGUAAUGUUGGCUCAUUGUUUUGCUACAUCUCGCUAACAUAGAAACAUCAUAUUCUAGACCUUUAAUUUUGAAAGAAACCAAGCUAUAGAAAUUCAGCGUGAUAACUGAAACAAAUAGGUAGGUCAUCAUUAUGUAGCAUAGCUUUCCUUGUUUACAAGCUAUGAAGUGCAGGGCAGGUGCACAUAUUUGUUUGGAAUUACGAUUGAGACAUUCAUUUAAAAUAAAAAAGAAAAGACUAUGCA